AUUUUUUUUUCCAAUUUACGACGGACUGGAAGAAGAUGCAAAGAAGGCAUAGUAGUAAUGCGGAUAACGUCCCACCAGAGAGUUUCUGAGUACUACCAUAUUUAUCAAGGAGUCAGACAGUUGGUUCAGAGAACAGUGUGGACGAAAAUGGUGUUUUUGAAGGGCUCAAACCUGAAAGCCCAUCCCCUCAGCAGAUGUUUUCUGGUCUGACAGGUCUACAGUCAGGCCCAAUAAAUGCUGCUUCAUUCCAGUCUGGUCUAGUUUUGGGGUCUUCACUCAGUGCUUCAGUUGGAACUGGAGAUGUGUUUAUUCAGAUGACCCCACAGGAAGAAGGAGCCAUUCGUACAGAGAACAUGCAGUACCAUCACCGCCAUCGGCAUCAUCAUUAUCACCACAGCCACCAUCGUUCAUCCUUGUUGCAUGUUUCUGGUGAUCGCCAUGGAAAUAUGGAAGAUGGCAGCGAUGACCCUGGAACUCCAGCCCCGGCACUUUCAGAGCUCAAGGCUGCCAUUGCCUGGCUUCAGAAGGGGCUUCCUUUUAUCUUGAUAUUACUGGCAAAAGUUUGCUUUCAACAUAAACUUGGUAUUGCUGUUUGUAUUGGAAUGGCUAGUACUUUUGCUUAUGCAAAUUUAACAGUUAAACACCAAGUUUCUUUAAGAGAGAAAAGAUCAGUACUUGCAACCCUGUGGAUACUGGUGUUCCUCACAGGGAACACAUUGUUUUUGUAUUAUACUUUCAGUGCCCAAGAGCUCUAUAAGAGUUUGAUAUUUCUGAAGACUAGUGUGGAAAGCAUGGAUUUCUUUGAUUUGCUUUGGAUUGCAGGAAUCACAGACUUUGUCCUGAAAUACAUCACAAUUGGUUUCAAAUGUUUGGUCCUCAUUCUGCCCAGAAUUAUCUUAGCUUUCAAGUCAAGGGGAUCUCUUUACCUUCUAAUAGAGGAAGUGAGCCAGUUAUUGAGGUCCUUGAUUCCUAUUCAGCUAUGGUACAAAUGCAUCAUGGAAGGACAAUCGACCAAUAGUUAUUUAUUGGAAGGCACUCUCGUUGUUCUGUAUAGUCUUUGCAAGUUCUUGGAUGUCUGUGGUCGAAUAGGUGGUUUGCGAAAGGCCUUGAAGAUCUUGUGUAAAUCGCAGAGCUGUGGUGUGCGAGCGACCAGCCAGCAGUGCAGCGAAGCUGGAGAUAUCUGUCCGAUCUGUCAGGCCGAAUUUCGAGAACCUGUAAUGCUGAUUUGCCAGCACGUCUUCUGCGACGAGUGCGCCUGCCUGUGGUUCGACCGGGAGAGGAGCUGUCCAUUGUGCCGAACCCUCUGUCACCGAAACCGUGCGCUGCUGGAAGGACGGGACCACUUCGGGCUCACUUCCAGGUGUAUUGAAUCGCGGGUGAGAUCGAUCGUCGGCGCUCGGUUCUCACCACCGAGAAUUCCUAAGCUUCGGCAACCCUGCGGAUAUGCGUGAAUUUGGCUGCGCAGUAGCUGAGACCCAGCUUAGUGUGAAGAAAUUGCUCUACCUUCAAGUAAAUGUUUAAACAUCUCGUGUUAUUAGCUGUUUCACUGCAUUUAUGUUUAAAAACGAUAAAUUUUUUUAAAAAAACAAUGGAAAUAGUGUAUUUCAAUAUCAUUCUUCAUCUUGUAGUUAAGUAUUUAAGGUGGCUGUUUGAUCCCUGUGGUUUGUGGAGGGUAACCUUCAUUAAGUAUUUGUUUUCACUCAAAUGUGAUUUGAGGUAAUGUAAAAGAUCCUGGAGCGCUUUUGCUGGUUAUGAAACGUUUAUUUAAAGGUUCAAGUGUACCAUUCUAUGAAACACCGGGCUAAAAACAUGACCAACAUUGUUAAGAUUAUUUACAGUAAGACUCUAAAAACAACUUUCUUUUAGAAAAAAAACUCUUGUACACACAGUUGCAUGCAUUAGAAUCAGCGACUCUAUUCAACUGGUAUAAAGUUGUGGUAACAAAUGUUGCACUCCACAUUUUAAAAACAUGCAUUUUUAAAAAAAAAUUUG